AUGGCAAGAUUCGUACUACCGCGGCUCAAGAUCAACCAUCAGCGCGUCCUUGCUGAUUUCUUUGGUAUUCCUGACAUACGUACUCGCAACGGAAAGGAAAUCAAGCUUGCCACCUUUAAGGUUCUAGAUGGCGCGAAUAAGCUGACGAGAAAUGAGAAGGAGGAGCCUGUUUUUGGGAAGGCGGUUGGUGGAGCUCUUAAGAACGACGAGGUUAAUCCUGAUGAUGCGGUCAUUGUGGAUACCGUGAAGAAACAGAAUUAG